UCACCGCUUCAAUAUUACUAUCUCGAUGCAUACUUCUCUUAAUUUCUGCUAUUCUAUGCUUGUUUCUUAAUUUUUUGCUGCUUCUUUUAUUUCAAUCUUCCCCAAACCUAGAGCCAUGAACGGUGACGGUUUGCAAGAGCGCCUGUUGAGCUCCGGAAAUGAGCCGGAGGUUGAUUUGAAGGAGAGAGUUUAUGUGGAGUCCAAGAAACUAUGGAGGGUUGCAUUCCCCAGUGUCAUUUCUCGAGUUUCUUCUUUUGGUACCAUUGUAGUCACGCAGUCGUUUAUUGGCCACAUAAGCUCGGUCGAUCUUGCUGGUUAUGCCCUUGUUCAGACCUUGCUCGUGCGAUUCGUGAAUGGGAUUCUGAUUGGAAUGUCAAGUGCAACUGAGACUCUCUGUGGGCAAGCAUACGGGGCGAAGCAGUACCACAUGAUGGGCAUUUUCUUGCAACGGUCGUGGAUCGUGGAUCUUCUCUCAAUGACUAUAUUAUUGCCUCUCUUUCUCUUCGGAACUCCCAUCUUUAGGCUACUUGGCCAGGAAGAGGAUAUUGCAGUGUCUGCCGGAUAUAUUUCACUGUGGUUUAUCCCCUUCAACUAUGCCAUUGUGUUUGCAUUGACAAUUCAAAUGUAUCUGCAAGCACAGCAAAAGAACAGGAUCAUAGCUUACCUGUCGGUUCUACAAUUCGUAAUCCACUUCCCUCUAUCUUAUCUAUUCGUCUACAUUCUCGAAUGGGGGGUCGGGGGUGCUAUGCUUGCACUAAACAUGUCUCAGUGGGUCACCAUUAUUGGAGAGUUCAUCUACAUAUUCGGUGGAUGGUGCCCUGAGUCUUGGACAGGUUUCUCGACGGCUGCAUUUAAGGACAUAUUCCCUGUGGUGAAACUCUCAAUAGCCUCUGGCCUGAUGGUUUGCCUUGAGUUAUGGUACUACGCCAUUCUAGUCUUGGUAGCAGGGUACAUGAAGAAUGCUGAAGUUGCCAUUUCUGCCUUCUCUAUUUGCCUCAACAUCAACGGAUGGGAGUUCAUGAUAUGCUUGGGCAUUCUUGGCGCUGCAUGUGUGAGGGUUGCUAAUGAGCUGGGAAGAGGAGAUGCUAAUGCCGUAAGAUUUGCGAUCAAAGUCCUUCUCGGUACCUCGGUUGUCAUAGGUGUAGUUGUAUGGAUCCUGUGCUUAGUCUUUGGCAAUCAACUUGGAUACAUGUUCACCCAAGAAGCCGCGGUUGCUGAGGCUGUAUCGGAUCUUGCAGUUCUCCUUGCUUUCUCAGUGUUGUUCAACAGCAUAUAUCCCGUGUUCUCAGGCGUGGCAGUUGGAGCAGGCAUGCAGUCGACGGUAGCAAUCAUCAACGUGGUGUGCUUCUAUAUAAUUGGAUUACCAGUUGGGCUUGUGCUUGGAUAUGUCACUAGUCUCCAAGUAAAGGGCCUGUGGAUUGGAAUGCUAUGCGGUGUCGUCACGGAGACCAUCGCGCUGUCGUUCAUGAUGUGGAGGACGAACUGGGACGAAGAGGUACUGAAGGCUUCGGCUCGCCUGAGAAAGUGGUACCUCAAAUCUCCCAAGGAAGCUAAUAAUUCGGAACCUUUGCUAGCUUGAAUUUUUCUGCAAAAGAUGCAGUGGCUGUUGAAGAUCAUGAAACGUCUAUCAUUUUGGUGUUUCAGUAGGGAUCAAAAGAUCAUCAUCAUGUUUUUCUUUUCUUCCCUUUACCUUUUCGAUAUUGUUUCAGAAAUAAUUAGAAUUUUUUGGCUUUGGUAA